GGCUCUUCCCAAUCGGUCCCCCCUUUCUUCUUUAAAGAGAGAGAAACUAGAGGCAGAGUGUGCGUGUUAGAAACAGAGAAGAAAGAGUCACUGCAGGUUGAUACCAGAGGAAGAAGAAGAGAUCGGCCAUGGCUUCAACCAAAGAAAGAGAGAACUUCGUCUAUGUCGCCAAGCUUGCCGAGCAAGCCGAGCGCUACGAUGAAAUGGUGGAUGCGAUGAAGAAAGUAGCGAAACUAGACGUGGAGCUCACGGUAGAGGAGCGAAAUUUGCUAUCUGUCGGAUACAAGAACGUGAUCGGCGCAAGGAGAGCCUCGUGGAGGAUAUUGUCCUCGAUCGAGCAGAAGGAGGAGGCCAAAGGGAACGAUCAGAAUGUCAAACGCAUCAAAGAGUACAGGAACAAGGUUGAGUCGGAGCUUUCCAAGAUUUGCAGUGACAUUAUGAGCGUCAUCGACGAGCAUCUCAUCCCCUCGUGCACUGCCGGGGAGUCCACCGUGUUCUUCCACAAAAUGAAGGGAGAUUAUUAUCGGUACUUGGCGGAGUUUAAGGCCGGUCACGGAAAGAAAGAGGCUGCCGAUCAGUCAAUGAAAGCAUAUGAGACGGCUUCUACUACGGCAGAGGCUGAGUUACCUCCUACGCAUCCCAUCAGACUGGGUUUGGCCUUGAACUUCUCUGUAUUUUAUUAUGAAAUUCUUAACUCUCCUGAAAGGGCCUGUCACCUUGCAAAGCAAGCUUUCGAUGAAGCAAUCUCAGAGUUGGAUACUUUGAGUGAGGAAUCUUACAAAGACAGCACAUUGAUCAUGCAACUCUUGAGGGACAACCUCACGUUGUGGACCUCAGACAUUCCAGAGGAUGGGGCUGAAGAAGCUCCCAAGCUUGACAGUGCUAAACCUGCUGGAGGUGAAGACGCUGAGUGAAAUGAAGCGGACCAUGGUUUGGGUGAAUGCAACGUAUAGACAGACGGAGGAGAAAGUUAAAUGCCUGGUCAACUAUAGGGUUCAUGUUCUUAUUCUCAGGCACAUUCUAUUUUAAUUAAUUUGUUAUUGUUCUGUCCCUUAUGAUUGUAGUUUUACCUUUCGACUCGGUCCCAUUUUGCAACCCGUAAUGCCUUUUUUCCCCCUUUUUUAAUGUCGAUGAUAGACUCUGCAGGAUUCUGAUUUUCAAAAGGUUUCUUGGGAAGGCUCUCUUCAUUGUAUCCAUUUUCAGUUUGUUAAUGUGACGCCAUUUAAAUGGGAGUCAGUUGUUAUUUAAUCGCCAUUCUCUGGUA